AUGUACUCGGCGGUGCCUCUCCGGGGUCUGGGCCUAGACGCCGGCGACUAUAACCACCACCACCACCACCACAACCACCAGGGAGCUCUGUCCUUGGACGGAACCAACCUUCCCGGAGAUGCUUGUCUUGUUCUCACCGCCGAUCCCAAGCCUCGCCUCCGCUGGACCGCCGAGCUCCACGAGCGCUUCGUCGACGCCGUCACCCAGCUCGGCGGCCCCGACAAAGCAACGCCAAAAUCAAUUAUGAGGACAAUGGGGGUGAAAGGCCUGACCUUAUAUCAUUUAAAGUCUCACCUUCAGAAAUACCGUCUCGGGAAGCAAUCAUCCAAGGAGGGAACUGACAACUCUAAAGAUGCAUCAUGUGUAGCGGAGAGUCAGGACAUUGGUUCCCCUACAUCGGGCUCGUCUAGAAUGAUUGCCCAGGAACUAAACGAUGGCUACCAGGUUACUGAGGCUUUGCGAGCACAGAUGGAAGUCCAACGAAAAUUGCACGAGCAGCUAGAGGUUCAACGUCGUCUCCAGCUUCGUAUAGAAGCACAAAGCAAAUAUUUGCAAUCGAUUCUCGAGAAAGCUUGCAAAACGCUUAACCACCAGGCUGUUGCAGCUGAUGGAUUAGAAGCUGCCCGGGAAGAGCUCUCCGAGCUGUCAAUAAAGGUAGCUAAUGAUCCUCCUCACACAAUCUUUCCCCUCCCUUCAUUACCCGACAUUGCUGUAGAUUGCUUGACGCCGAAUGGAACUCCCGCUUCUACAAUGAGCAUGAGUUCGCUAGCUGCACUGAAGAAGAGACCUCGGGGAUUUACUAACGAGGAGUCUUUGCCUCUGGACAGCAACACGAAGCAGCAGGUGGAAUGGACGCUGGCUAAUGCCGGGUAAAAACUAGGUUGUCUCUCUGGUUCUCGUGAACAAUGUAAUCAUUUUAAUGUUUCUCACCGAUAUCUCUAUGAUCCCAAACAUCAAUCGAUCUGACAUGUUGCAAAACUGCACAAUCUUAUGUAUAUUCUCUACGUUUGAUAUUCAAACGCCUUUUUCAAUGGAAACAAUGCACCUGGGCGGGCAGCCUGCUUGAUCUUGAAAAAAGCUUCUUUUCUGCUCAUCA